AUCUCUAAUUUUCUAAACCAUCCAUAUAAAAAUUCAUUCCAACACAAACACAAAGCAUUCCCCAUUGUUCUGUAAAUCAAAGCAAAAAUGGAGGCAAAAUGGUUGGUGUUUUUCUCAAUGGCAGCUACAAUGCUGGCCCUUCAUGUUGUGGAUGGUCAAGAAGAGUCGUCUGUGAAGCCAUUGGUGAAGAUAGUGAAGGGCAAGAAGCUGUGUGACAAGGGGUGGGAGUGUAAGGGCUGGUCUGUAUAUUGUUGUAACCAGACCAUUUCUGAUUAUUUUCAAUCUUACCAAUUUGAGACCCUCUUCUCUAAGCGUAACGCGCCCGUGGCGCAUGCAGUGGGCUUCUGGGACUACCAUUCUUUCAUUACUGCAGCCGCUGAGCACCAGCCUCAUGGCUUUGGUACUACAGGAGGCAAGCUCCAAGGAAUGAAGGAAGUUGCUGCUUUUCUUGGCCAUGUUGGCAGCAAAACUUCAUGUGGGUAUGGGGUAGCCACAGGAGGACCAUUGGCUUGGGGUCUAUGCUACAACAAGGAAGAGAGCCCUAGCCAGUUCUACUGUGAUGACUAUUACAAAUACACUUAUCCCUGCGCUCCUGGAGCUUCAUACCAUGGCCGUGGUGCCUUGCCACUGUACUGGAACUAUAACUAUGGAGAAACAGGGGAUGCCCUGAAAGUGGACUUGUUGAACCAUCCAGAGUACAUAGAACAAAAUGCAACCCUAGCCUUCCAGGCUGCAAUCUGGAGAUGGAUGAACCCAGUGAAGAAGCACCUUCCUUCAGCCCAUGAUGUCUUUGUUGGGAAAUGGAAGCCAUCUAAGAACGACACUUUGGCCAAGCGAACUCCUGGGUUUGGCACCACCAUCAAUCUGCUUUAUGGGGACCAAGUUUGUGGUCAAGGUGACGUUGACUCCAUGGACAACAUUGUCUCCCAUUACUUGUAUUAUCUUGAUCUUAUUGGAGUUGGCAGAGAAGAGGCAGGCCCUCAUGAAGUGCUUAGCUGUGCUGAGCAGAAAGCUUUUGAUCCUUCAUCUUCUUCUUCUUCCUCUUCAUCUUCAUCUUCUUGAACUUUGUUUGGUGGCGAUAGAGCCUGUCAAAUUGUCAAUUUGUUGAGCUAAUUAGUCUACCCUUAAAAAAAUAUGUAUGUAUUAAUAAGGAAGAAACGUAAUUUGUUUUGAGAAUAUAUGCAUUGAAGAGGAAGGAAGGAAGGGGAAGCAAAAUGAAGACAGAUUAUAUUCAACUUCUUUUAUCUUUUGUGUGAAGUUGCAGCAAAAGCCUGCAUAUUGUGUGUAAAUUUUGUGAUUUAUGGGUUUACAAGUUCUAAAUAUUGUACGCAAUUAUGCAAUUUGAUUUGUAUGAACCAUGUUACUGUUGUGUAAUGUAUAUAUAUCAAACACGUCAAUCCCAUUUUUGUCAC